AUGGCCAAAAAAGUAACAAUCCAAGCAAGUCUACGGACCAAAGCACUAAGUUCUCUCAAUGCAAGCUCUAACAUAUACAUAUCCUCUCUGGUAAAUGUAUCUACUUGUGUGUUUAAUUUCUGGCUUUUGUAUCGCCUGUACGUGUACGUGUAUACGUGUUUUCGAAGUGUUCCAUAAUUUUUCAGUAUACAAGUAUGAAGUAGGAGGCUGGGCACCGCCCACCGAGUUAUCACAGUCGUCUGGUGCCGCAGCACAUACGUAUACGUGGUUCAGCCUUACAACCUACCUCUUAUAAUCUACCAUUAUUUUAUAAUUAUGCUUAGUUCGAGAGUGUACAGUAUAGUCCCCAGGUGAUCUGACGCGAUACGAGCCGACGAUUCUUAUUGUUUAGUUCUAUCCUUUUAUGGAGAGAGUGCGCAUUUUAUUGCUGGUACUUAUAAACACAGACGACUUAUAACUGGUACGAGCGAUCGUAGACUCUUGUUUUUUUUUUAUUAAGCGCUGAUCCAAUUAGAGAUGAAAAGCAACGUAGAAAAAAAGAAAUGCCAUCAAACGAUAUAUUUCGUAUAUAUUUCGCCCUAUAA